AUGAGGCUGCAGUACCACCUGGAGGCAGGCGGAGCAGAGGAGCGCGAGCGGAGCAAGGCCUGGAUGAUCCACUUCCUGACGCAGGCGAGCAGCCUGGAGGAGAGCCUGGCCUUGAAGAAGAUCCAGGUUGUCUACUUUUCAUCGCUUUCUAGACAACUGGAAUUUGAGGCAACUUCUAUGACAGUGAUCCCCUUGUUUCACUUGGCCUACCUUCUAAUCAUAUUAUUUGCAAUUGUAUCAUGCUACAGGUGUGACUGUGUACGAAACAAAAUGUGGGUUGCAGUCUUUGGAGUCAUUUCUGUUGCCUUGGCAGUGGUGAGCGGCUUUGGCCUGAUGUUGUACAUUGGGGUGCCAUUUGUGCUCAUAGUUGCAAAUUCACCAUUUCUUAUCCUAGGUGUUGGGGUCGAUGACAUGUUUAUCAUGAUUUCUGCCUGGCAGAAGACCAGCUUCACGGAUAGCAUAAGUGAGCGGAUGUCCGAUGUCUAUUCAAAAGUGGCAGUAUCCAUUACGAUCACCACCGUCACCAAUGUCCUGGCCUUCUAUACAGGAAUUAUGACCUCUUUCAGGUCUGUACAAUACUUUUGCAUCUAUACAGGAACAACCCUGCUCUUUUGUUAUUUUUAUAGCAUCACCUGUUUUGGAGCAUGUAUGGCCCUGGAUGGGAAAAGAGAAGUAGUCUGUCUAUGCUGGUUGAAGAAGCCAGAAACACCUGACCAAAAAUGUUCCUCAUUAAAAAAGUCCUGCUGCCUCCCAUGUAAUUCUCUCCAAGAUAAAUAUACAGCUGACAUCCAUCCAAUGAAUCUAUUCUUUAGAGACUGUUUUGGUCCUUUUCUCAUAAGCACCAAGUCCAAGAUUUUUGUAGUGCUCCUAUACGUUUCGUACAUCAUAAGUAGUGUAUAUGGGUGUUUCCAAGUGCAGGAAGGUUUAGACCGCCGAACUUUGGCAAGUGACGACUCUUACAUCACACCAUAUUUUAAUGUAGAAGAAGACCAUUUUUCUACUUAUGGUCCCAGCGUCAUGGUUAUCGUUACUGAGGCUCUUGACUACUGGGAUAAAAAUGCUAGGCAAAAACUGGAAAAAUGUCUGGCAGAUUUUGAAAACAGUGAGUAUGUAGAUAAAAACCUUACAGAGUUUUGGUUACAAGAAUAUGUAAAAUAUAUGGAAAACCUCCAUCAAGAUAUAAAUGAUAAGACAGCGUUUCUAAGCAAUAUUCCCACUUUUUUAAUGGAUUUUCCACUUUUUGCAUAUGAUAUUAAUAUAACAUCAUCACAGGAAAUCAUUUGUUCCCGGGCCUUCUUUCAAACCAUGGGUAUUUCUUCUUCAACCGAUAAGAAGCUGAUGUUACUCCAGUUCCGAGACACGGCUGAGAAGUGUGAAGUUCCCCUAAUGGUGUACAACCCGGCAUUCAUAUACUUUGAUCAGUAUUCUGCAAUAGUAGAAAACACUGUUCGAAGUGUGGUUGUUGCGUCAGCAGCUAUGCUCGUUGUUUCCUUAUUGUUAAUUCCUCAUCCUCUGUGUUCUUUGUGGGUGACUUUUGCUACUACUCCUGUGAUUGUGGGCGUCACGGGUUUUAUGGCCUUCUGGAAUGUCAACCUUGAUUCCAUAUCCAUGAUUAAUCUUGUCAUUUGUAUAGGGUUUUCUUUUGACUUUUCUGCUCACAUUUCCUAUGCAUUUGUUUCCAGUUCAGAGCCCUCAGUAGACCGAAAAGCCAUUGAGGCACUGUAUCUGCUAGGCUACCCCGUGUUACAAAGUGCAGUUUCAACAAUAAUAGGGGUGUGUGUCCUGUCUGCAGCUAACGCAUACAUCUUCAGGACAUUUUUCAAGAUUAUGUUUCUUGUGAUGGUAUUUGGAGCUGCUCAUGGUCUAAUUUUUAUCCCAGUAUUCUUAACCUUUUUUUGA